GCUGAAUCCGCUGGAGACCGUUACGGUCGGAAGCCAAAACGCUCGCCCCCGCCUUCGGAGUUGGAACAACGGACGAACAAACGAACCACGACCAAUUCCCAUCUCCAUUUCCACAAUCAAAUCACAGCCACCCCGGAGAAAUCGCGAGAUCUCUUUCUCUCUCUCUCUCUCCCUCUCCGAUCCGGCCCGAUGGAUCGCAUGUCGUCGCGGCCGGCGAGCCCCGGCGGGUACGGGCGGCGGGGCGUGUACGCGCAGCAGCAGCAGAACCAUGGCGCCAGCAGCGCGCAGACGUCCCCCGGCGGGUCCCCGACGGCGUCCCCGGUGCACACCCGCCACUCGCGCUCGGGGUCGCUCGGCGGGGCCGGGUCCUCCUCCACCGUCGGCCGCCGGGGGGCGGGUGCGGCGGCGGCCGGGGCCUCCGCGCGGAACAGCGCCGCGCGCGCCGCCGCGCAGCGCCUCGCGCGGGUCAUGGGCGGCGGCGUUGGCGGCGGUGGCGGCGGAGGGGACGCCGGGAGCGGCAGCGACGACGACGAGUACGAGCUCUCCGGCCCGCCCAUCGAGCUCUCCAUCACCCCGCGACGCCCCGCCAACCGCUCCCCUUCCCCCUCGAUAGGUCGUUACCUUGCGGAUCAGGCACCGGUGGUGAGCCGGCCACUGUCGUUGACAAACCGGUACGUGCCCGGGAAGUCGGUUCCGAUGAUACCGUCCAUCAAGCAAUCGGGCCGACCAGCGACGAGUGGGGCUGGGUCGGAAUCUCCUGUCCCAAACCGAAUGGAGCAAAGGAGAUCAGUUGAUCUUGGAAGCUCGAUGAGAGGACGUCGCUCCUCUUCUUCUCUUCAAGAUGAGCUUAACACACUUCAAGCUGAAAAUGAUAGCAUGUACGAAAAACUUCGUCUCGAAGAUGACAGGAGUGAGGAAGCUGAUGUCAAGUCUGUGCACAUGGAGAGACAGGCUUCUGUUAUUAGUGACUCCAUAGAACCAGAGGUCAGUUUGGCUAGCAGAAAGGCUGCAGCACUAGAACAGAGAAAGGCUUCACUGAGGAUUGCUUCAAGAAGGGGUAAUAGCGCAAGCUACGAUGAGAUUACGGCCCUCCGAGCAGAAGCAAAGGUUUCUAGUGAUAUGGUCACAUCUGUAUCUCGGCGUGUAAGAGGUGCUGGAUCAGAACUGAGAUCUCUUCAGGCAACAGCCAAUAGAAUGAUCCUGUCACAAGAAGAAAUGGAGGAGGUGGUGCUAAAGAGAUGUUGGCUUGCUCGCUACUGGAAACUAUGUGUUAGACUUGGAAUACAUUCUGAUAUUGCUGAAGAAAAACUGGCACACUGGACCUCAGUUGCACCACUUGCACUUGAAGUUGUCCUUUCAAUUGGGCAAAAAGCUAGAGAUGGAGCAUUAUCAGAUAAUGAUGUAAACGAUACGGCUGGAGACGGAAAUAUUGAAAGCAUGCUUUUAGUUGAGAAAGGACUGCGUGAACUAGCUUCCCUCAAGGUAGAAGAUGCAAUCAUGCUUGCUUUAGCAGAACAUCGACGUAUCAAACCUCUCUCAGGCGCAGCUGCUGCUGAAGGCCACAGCUCUUCAGAGUCACUUGAAUUAAGUGAGGAAGAGCGAGAAGACGUACGCUUCAAGCAGGCAUGGUUGACCUACUUCUGGAGGCGGGCGAAAAAUCAUGAUAUAGAGGAAGAUAUAGCUGAAGAGCGACUACAGUUUUGGAUAGAACAAGGCAAUCACCCAAUUACUACAAGCGAUGUCGUAGAAGUUGAUAGAGGUCUUCACGAGCUGAAGAAGCUGGGAGUUGAGUCCCAGCUGUGGGAAGCGACGAGGAGAAGUCUCGACGACUGUUCCAGUAAUCAUGGGAGUCCAUUUGGAUCUGAAGUUUAGCCGACACAUAAACGGAACGAGGCCUAGCGCCAAUUUUGCGCUGUCACAGGCCCUAGAGCCUCUUCCAUUAAUCUUUUUUUUUGGCAGUUUAUGGUUCUUGCACAAGUUCAUGUAAAUUUAUCGAUUCUCUCGUCUAGGCCUUUUCUUUCUUUUCAGCAACGCCUGAUUUAUUAUGUCAAAGCAAAAGGGAUUAUUAACUUUAGAGCAACAUCAAGGUUCAACAUACUGUGCUGUUCGUGCUGA